GGUUCCAUGGUCCUCCAAAACCAGGUGGAAACUAUAGAGUCAAUAAAAACUUUAAUCACAAAAUGUAGCAGAUAUAUAUACUCCCAAAUAACAAAUGCCCCCUAUUAAUCUGUUGCUAUCACAUUCCCAUCCUUGUCUGGGACAGGGGCGGACUGAUCAUUUGGAAACUCGGGAACUGCCCGAGGGCCCGGGGUCAGUAGGGGGCCCCAUGAGAUGCCCAUGGUACCUUUUUCAUAGGCUUUUUUGAGUUUGGGCAACACAGGGGCCCCAUGGUCCCCUAUUGCCCGGGGGCCCCAU